GCAACACGUAGUCAGACACAUCGGUAGCUUGCUAGACAAAAUAGCUGAACCAAUACAGCUCUUUAGACGCUUUCGUGUAUAUUAGUCACUGUGUUUUAAACCCACUUCUGUCGUCUAGUUAGUUGUCCGCUUUAAUUUAAUAUUUGCGGUGUUGUUGUUAUUAUUCAGCUAGCGGGCUGGGUAAGUUAGCAUUAGCCUAGCUAGCUAGCAUUCUCGACCAUGAGCUCACUAAGCUACUCUCCUCCUGAUAAAGAAGAGGAGGUCUGCUGCACGGAGAAAGAAGCUCUCGUCAAAGAGGAGGAGGAAGAGGAGGCUGUUACAGUACGAAAACAAGUAGAGGUUGAAGCUUUUACCGUGAAAGAAGAAGAGAAAGACGUUACAGUUAAAGAAGAGGAAGACGCGUUCAGAGUGAAAGAGGAGGCGGAUGUUACAGUAAAAGAAGAGAAGGCAGAGAAAGAGGAGGAUGCAGUUUUUGGAGUGAAAGAGGAGGAGGGGGAGAUGACUGUCACAUCCAAAAAGGAGGAGGAAGAAGAGGAGGAAACUGGUUAUCUCGGGCCGGUUUCCCAGACGCAUCUUAAGGCAUCCAACUAUGAAGUUAGCCUUAUGAUGCCUUCGGGAAACCGGUCCCUGGUUAAUACUAGAGAGAGACGGGACUAUCUUGGAUCCUCUGGGGAGCCUCAACAACCUCAUGAAGCUGAUGAGGCAAAGAAGAGUCUCUCUAGAUCAGAACACCUCAGUAAACAACAGCAGAGAUCCACAGGAGAGAAACCUUACUGCUGCUCCGACUGUGGGAAACAUUUCUCAAGAUCAAAUUCACUAAAAGUACACCUGAGAAUUCACACUGGAGGGAAAUCUCACUGGUGCUCUGACUGUGGGAAAAUAUUUAACUCUACAGUAGACCUUAAAAUACAUCAUAGAAUUCACACAGGAGAGAAAUCUUAUGGCUGUGAUCAAUGUGGGAACAGUUUUUCUCAGCUAAAAACCCUGAAAUCACACCAGAGAACACACACAGGAGAGAAACCUUAUGGCUGUGAUCAAUGUGGGAAGAGUUUUACGGUGUCAAGCUCCUUGAUAGUGCACCAGAGAACACACACAGGAGAGAAGCUUCACCAUUGUUCAUUUUGUGGGAAAAGCUUUUCAACAUCACACACCUUGAAGGUGCACCAGAGAAUGCACACAGGAGAGCGACCUUAUAGCUGUAAUCAAUGUGGGAAGUGUUUUUUUACAUCUAGCAAUCUGACAAAACACCAGAGAACACACACAGGAGAGAAACCAUAUAGCUGUAAUCAAUGUGGGAAGAGUUUUGUUCAAUCUGGAGAUCUGAAGAUACACCAGAGACUACACACAGGAGAGAAACCUUAUGGCUGUGAUCAAUGUGGGAAGAGUUUUAAUCAGUCAAGCAGCCUGAUAGUACACCAGAGAACACACACAGGAGAGAAACCUUAUGGCUGUGAUCAAUGUGGGAAGAGUUUUAAUCAGUCAAGCAGCCUGAUGGUACACCAGAGAUCACACACAGGAGAGAAACCAUAUAGCUGUACUCAAUGUGGGAAGAGUUUUGUUACAUCUGGCUGUCUGAUUACACACCAGAGAACACACACAGGAGAGAAACCUUAUACCUGUGAUCAAUGUGGGAAGAGUUUUACUCAGUUAAACAGCCUGAUUGUGCAUCUGAGAACACACACAGGAGAGAAACCAUAUAGCUGUAGUCAAUGUGGGAAGAGUUUUAAUUGGCUCAACAGCCUGGUAUCACACCAGAGAACACACACAGGAGAGAAACCUCAUAGCUGUAAUCAAUGUGACAAGAGAUUCUCAGAUAAAAGAUAUCUGAUUAAACAUCAGAAAAUGCAUAGAUGAAGGAGUUGUUUAAUGAUAUCAUGUGUAAUGUCACUGUCACUGUUUUUAACAUUGUUGUAGAAUAAUUGUAAUGUUUGUUCAAUUGAUUUGAGAUUUUUGUUGUAAAGGGUUUUAACACGGUUUCCCAUGCUUGUUCAAUGAACCAUAAACAAUUCAUGAACUUGCACCUGUGGAACGGUCCUUAAGACACUAACAGCUUACAGACGGUAGGCAAUUAAGGUCACAUUUAUGAAAACUUAGGACACUAAAGCGGCCUUUCUACUGACUCUGAAAAACACCAAAAGAAAGAUGCACAGGGUCCCUCACCAUAUGCGUGAACGUGCCUUAGGCAUGCUGCAAAGAGGCAUGAGGACUGCAGAUGGGACCAAGGCAAUAAAUUGCAAUGUCCGUACUGUGAGACAGGGAGCAACAGGGAGACAAGACGGACUGCUGAUCACCCUCGCAGUGGCAGUUCAGACUGUCCACAAUAGGCUGAGAGAGGCUGGACUGAGGGCUUGUAGGCCUGUUGUAAGGCAGGUCCUCACCAGACAUCACCGGCAACAACGUCACCUAUGGGCACAAACCCACCAGACAGGACCGGCAAAAAGUGCUCUUCACUGACGAGUCGCAGUUUUGUCUCACUAGGGGUGAUGGUCGGAUUUGCGUUUAUCGUCGAAGGAAUGAGCAUUUCACCGAGGCCUGUACUCUGGAGCGGGAUUGAUUUGGAGGUGGAGGGUCCGUCAUGGUCUGGGGUGAUGUGUCACAGUAUCAUUGGCCUGAGCUUGUUGUCAUUGCAGGGAAGACAUCCUGUGUGGUACCCUUCCUGCAGGCUCAUCCUGCCAUGACCCUCCAGCAUGAGAAUGUCACCAACCACACUGCUCGUUCUGUGUGAUUUUCUGCAAAACAGGAAUGUGUUCUGCCAAGGCCAGCGAAGAGCCCGAAUCUCAAUCCUAUUGAGCACAUCUGGGACCUGUUGGAUUGGAGGGUGAGGGCUAGGGCCAUUCCCCCCCAGAAAUGUCCGGGAACUUGCUGGUGCCUUGGUGAAUGAGUGGGGUAACAUCACACAGCAAGAACUAGCAAAUCUGGUGAAGUCCAUGAGGAGGAGAUGCACUGCAGUACUUAAUGCAGCUGGUGCCUUUUGAUUUUGACCCUCCUUUGUUCAGGGACACAUUAUUCAAUUUCUGUUAAUCACAUGUCUCUGGGACUUGUUCAGUUUGUCUCUCAGUUGUUGAAUCUUGUUAUGUUCAUACACAUGUUAAGUUUGCUGAAAGUAAACGCAGUUGACAGUGAGAGGACGUUUCUUUUUUUGCUGAGUUUAUUUGUUGUCUUAAGGGAGAAGGUGUUACGGGCUUUGGUUUUUCCAUUUAUGUUUUGAGGAUGGACUUCAGCACGUAUAGCUCAUUAGCAUGUAGGGUGCACUGAUUGUCUCCUCCUUAGUAUGUGUUACACCUGUGCUGGCUUGUCCAUCUCGUUAAUUGGAAGGUGUUUCACCUGAGCUGGCCCAGGUUCUAUUUAAGAGUGGCUGGCCCAGGUGCUCCGGAUGCUAUUUAAGAGUGGCUGGCCCAGUGCUCCAGGGUCUAUUUAAGAUUGUCUGGCCCAGUGCUCCAGAUGCUAUUUAAGAGUGGCUGGCCCAGGUGCUCCAGAUGCUAUUUAAGAGUGGCUGGCCAAGUGCUCCUGGUUAUAAUUAAGAGUGGCUGGCCAAGUGCUCCUGGUUAUAAUUAAGAGUGUCUGGCCCAGUGCAUCACCCAUAGAAUCAUAUUUUAAUCAAUGGCAUUUCCUUAGGAUGCUCAUUAGUCUUUCAAUCUUCUGUUUUUUAUCCUCUUAUGUUGUGUACUAAAUAUUUGUUUAUUCUUGUUUGUUUUUUUCCCUGUGAAGCCAUUGUGUUGCAUCCAUGUCUGAAAUGUACUAUAGAAAUAAAGCUUGAUUUAAACAUUGCAAACCAUAUUAACCCAAUGACCGACAAUCAACAGAUUCUUGCAAAACCAAUUAACAAAUAUGUGCAAAAGCAACACAUAUCUUGGUCCAUCUUAGUAUGAAAAACUGUAUAAAGUCAGUAUAUCUUCCACUAUGUCAAAAUAAUGCACGGGAUGUAAGUUUAGUAUCACUUUUCAACCACCCAUUAAAUCACACUUUUCCAGCCUGCUGAAGGCGUGGUGGAGUAGUAAACACCACCCCCAGCUCUACCAGGGGCUUGAGGUGGUCUCCUACAGCUCUGCUUAUGUCAUGUUCUGUGGCCUUGCCGUUCCAUUUCUUGACUGCCCCUGCAACACAUUUAGUCAUACUAUAUAAAACACUUAAAGUAAUGUAUAUGAAGCAUCUAUGGCCACAGUUACACCUGGCACUUAAAUGUGACUUCUGUCAUCUGAUCACUCCAAGCUGCAUUAGGUUUAGACCUACGGGGAUGGGCCUUUGACAGUCUGGAUGCAGUCAGGCCACCAAAUAUGCACAAGCAAUGUAAUGAGGUGGGGGAAAAGUAAAUUCUACACAUUUGACCUUCAUAAUAUCAAAGAACAAAUGUGUCUGUCUGAGGGGAAAUUAACUUUCAUACAGCCAAAAGGGGUGAGAAAUUACACCAAUAUCAGUGGACAAUUUGCACUAAUGUAAAUAAACAUAGAUGUUACGAAUCCCUUUGGCCCUACAGUCUAGGGGGAAUGGAAACAAGACCCGUAACAUAACUCAAGCAAAUCAUAAGAGUGAAAAACCACAGACAAUUUAAAUCUACCAUCAAACACUCAUGGGUUAUUUUAAACACACGGUAAAGGGGGGGAGGGGCUGAGCUGGACCCAAGGAAAGAAAUAAUAAAAUAUCCAAAAACACCCCUAAGCUAGACUAGCCUACUCCAAUACAGUUAACUAACUAACCAAUAAUACAGCGGGUGGUCCGCCCAGUUCUAACUAGGGUAUUUAGACAAAGGUUUUCCUACAGGUAAUGUAUGCCCAUGGGUGACUUGUCUUGGUACCCCCUUUUCCCACCAACAAACAUUAAGGAAGCACAGCAAUACAUACUCACAUAAUUCCAGACAAAUGUGACAUGUAGGAACAAAAACCAAAAGAGAGAGAGAUUGAGACAGAAAGAUUGAGCUCCAGAGAAAACAACUGACUGGGUUUUUAAACCAAGGGAAAGGGGAUGUGAUUGGGUAAGGGAAAAGGAGCAGGUAUCUUCUGAUUGCCGACUGAUUGGCGACCCAUGUGAAUAGGGGAGAAGGAAAGAAAAUACACACAGGAUACGAGUUGUCAGUGGCCGCGUUAUUAUGAGAAUGGCUGUAACUGUUCAACCAAAUCUCCUGGUGUUUGUGCUUCAACACCCUCAGUGGCUGUCGAGGCAUAUCAGUCCCCACCGCGUCCGCGUGUGGCAACCUCUUCGGUACCUGCAAACAGACGAGGAUAUCAGUCUGUGAUAUCGCAAAGUGUUUCACCAGUGGAAGUCAUCGGGUCAGUUGCUGGACUGACGCCAUUAGUGUCAUUGUAAGGGUUGACAGUCCCCCACAAAGUGGAAGGUGUAUGAUCGGAAGCAGAGUAUACUCUGGGCAUCAAUGUUUUUCUUGCUGAGACGGCCGCAGUGCUUGCGGAAGUUCCGAAGGGCAAGAGAAGUUCAUCUCAACUACCGUAUUGCACGACUGGACUUCCUCCAGAUGGUUCCUACGGGUGGUAUUCUGCUGCAUUGCAGAGUCCACUUGAUCGCUUGGAGUACUGAUUUUGGACACGUGAGUGUCACACUUGCUCCUUUCGGUCUCAAAUUUAUGUCAUGGUUUGCAGAUAGAGGUCUUGAGUACAGAGCGAGAGAUUCAGUGAUGAGAUUUCCUCCGCUUGCUUAGAAAUCAAUAUUUCCAUCUUCAUCACCUGAGUUCUCUCAUCAUUCAUUUGGUCAUCGACUUCAAUGAGUUCUGCUGAUUUGUCAUCCAAAUUUGUCGUUAUGUUCAUUAACUGAUCGUCUUUGGUCUGCAGCGUUUUGAGUAGAACCGUGUUACUCUGAGUAACGUUCAACAAAACUGCAUGCAUUUUAUCAAGUUGAGCUCUCCUGUUUGUAGAUAACUCUUCAGAUUUAUCUAGUUUGGCGUGAAAAUCAUCGUAUUUAGUUUUGGCUAAAUCGAGUUGUUCCUGUAGCAUAUGAUUUUGUUCCUGUAGAAGAUGAUUUUGUUGAAGAGCUUGUGCUUGUUCAUCGUCAUACGUUUUUGCAAUUACAUUUAAUUGUUACAUUUUCAAGCGCAGUUCCAUAGCUAGCAGAAUUUUUCAAUUUUCUGCAUUUGUCAUUGGUUUCCCGGUUCUCUCCACCUGUCCCUUUAUGUCUACCAUUACCUAUUCGUGCUUCAGCUGUGCACUGCGGAAUUGGACCGAUGCCAAUCUCGGAUGGCAAGACAUCAGGGCUAGACUGGAGAGAACCUUUACGAGGCCUGCGCCUGAUGGUUGAUUUUGGAAAGCGUUGUUGUCUGCUUUUCCACGAAUGGCAUAAUUAGGGUUGGUAUCGCUGCUGAGGUCAGAGAUCAAUCCAUUUAUGGGUGGAGGUUCACUAAUUAGCGGGCGAGUAGGGGACUCCCCCCUCUGAUAGCUUGCACAUUAUUGGAACAUUUGAAAGGAAAAAUGUUAUUCCUAAUUUUCCAGUUUGGUUUUGGAAUAUAGUGGGAGCUGCAAAGACGAUUUUAAACUAUUUAUAGAUGUUAAUGAACCAUCAGUACUGGACAGUAUUGUGGAAGUUGGACGUGAAUGAAUUUGCAAAAGCAAAUUGUCCUCUAACCAGUGAGGUGAAAUAUAUCUCCCAUUUCCAUUUGUUUUUUUAGUUGUGUUCGUUUCAACAUCACAUGCAACCUGAUUUACCCCCUAAUCGAUAUCAGUGAUUUAUUGCAACUUGUCAAAACAACAGCGUUUCUGGUGCUUGUGCAGUUCAUUAAGGUGCUUGUUUAAGAAAAAUUCAAGUAAUAUGAUUAUUGUGGCAGAUGUUUGUGUAUAUAGCAAGUUUGGACAAGUUUGCUUACCACCAAAAGAAAACAACUUCCAUUUCACAUAAUAAUCAACGACAAUGCUUCACCUUCUACAAUAUAAACAUGGUGUCGACUGGCUGUCAACAAUUAGCUUCUAGAUCUCUCAUCUACCUAAAACUCACUAGCUUCUAGAACUCUCGUCUUCCUAAAAUUCACUAGCUUCUAGAACUCUCCUCUUCCUAAAACUCACUAGCUUCUAGAACUCUCGUCUUCCUACAACUCACUAGCUUCUAGAACUCUUAUCCCCUUAGAACGAGUCCAAACAAAACUCAUCUCCAAUACAGAAAAAAGUGUCAAAAUAAAUUGUGAUCCAUGGAAACACACUGGCUUAACGCAUAACACAAAUAUAUUUGACUUCCAAACAUUGAGACAAUCAGCAACCAAGUUGUCCUUACCACAGACAUGUCUGAUUUCAAGAGGAAACUCCUGCAAUAUCCGUAGUAACUUUCCACCUCACUGCAGAGCUUAUCUCUCUCUUCUCAGGGUUCACUCGAUAGGCAUGUUGUUGGAUCGGGGCCCAGUCCCCAAUGUCAUGCUCUAGUAGAUUUGGGUUGGCAUAUCUGAGAAUUAACCCUGAUAUUAUAAAAGCAGGAUAACAAUUCCAAUAUAAUUGUACACAAAAAUGGUCAGUUGGUUGCAUAAAUAAUUAUUACUUAAUGUUGCAUGAAUUGUAAAUAUAAAAUAUCAAAAGCAAAUGUACACCCCUUUGUUAAUAUGUAGUGGCAAUAAUUCACUUAGUGGUGAGGCAUGGAAUAAUAAAACAUGUAUUUUUUGUAAGGCUGAAUGUUUGAAAUAUGAGGUGAUUUGAGUCAUGCUUCUUCGGUAGUGGAAUAAAGACAAUUAGCACAUGAGUGUUGUCAAGAAAUGCUGGAGUGAUGUUGGAUUGUUAAUAAAAUUGAUUAUAGACCAAUGUAUUAUACUGUGUCCAUGUGUUUUGUGUCACGGCCCCUCUGCAGUGCAGGGGCGGUUCCUCCUGCAGGCAUAGGAGGGUCGUUAGUGAUUGGAGUCACCUGGGCUCAGGGUAUUUAAACCGCUUCACUAAUCACUCGUCUCUCUCUGCUCCUCCAGGUAUGAUCCUGUUUUGUUUGUUCCUCUGCAGUUUUGCAUAGUUUUCCACUCAGUCAUUCACACACACACACAGAUUCACGCAUCCCUGCACUUCACAUACACCUUAUAUUAUGAUACUUUCACACCUCAUUCCUUUUUCUUUGUUUAAAGUUAAUAGUUUGGUUUACAAUAAAGAACCUUUUUGAUUGGCCUAUA